AUGUCGCGCGCGUCGACGCCGUCCCUCGCCGCCGCCGCGGCGUCCUCGCCGUCGCCCUCGUCGCCGUCGCCCUCGUCGCGAGGAGGCGGCGACCACCGCGGCAGUCAUCAUCACCACCCGCCGCGACGCUUCGCGACGACGCCGCUGACGGGCGUGCGCGACCUCGUGCGCGAGGGGAAGACGAUAUGGCUCCUGGACCAGUUCGGGGUCCUGCACGACGGCAAGACGGCGUACCCCGCGGCGAUACACGCGACGAAGCGGCUGUACGACGCCGGCGCGAAGCUCUACGUGAUCAGCAACAGCAGUCGAAGGAGCGCGAAGACGCUCGCGAAGCUCGAGCCGAUGGGCUUCGAUCCCGCGUGGUUCGCGGGGGCGAUCACGUCGGGGGAGAUGACGUGGCGCGCGCUCGAGGCGCGCGACGCGUUCGAGGGGUCCGCGGAGGCGGACGCGCGAGGUCCUAAGCCGUUCGCGGGGGACAAGGUGCUUCACUUCACGUGGAGCGAGCGCGGCAGCAUCGCGCUCGACGGCUUGGGGCUCACGACGGUGACGUCGCCCGACGACGCGGACUUCAUCGUCGCGCACGGCACGGAGGCGGUGAACGGCGCGGGGGACACGGACGCGCAGAGAGCGGCGGGGAUAGAGCUCAAGGCGAUGGAAGACAUGCGCGGGCUGCUACGAAGAGCGGCGCGGCGGAACAUUCCGAUGAUGGUCGCGAACCCGGACUACGUGACCGUCGGCGGCGAGGGCGGCGCGCUGAUGAAGAUGCCGGGGACGCUCGCGCGGUGGUACGAGGAGGCGCUCGAAUCGGAAUCGGAGUCCGACGGCGAGGGGGAAGAUGGAACGCCAACCGGCACCGGCACCGGCGGUGUUGUUCACCUGAUGGGCAAGCCGAACAAGAUCAUCUACGACGAAGUCUUCCGCAUGGCGUCGGACGGCGGCGGAGGCGCGCGCCGGACGAUCUCCAUGGAGAACGUCGUCGCCGUCGGCGACUCGCUCGAGCACGACGUGAUCGGCGCCCAGAACGCGGGCUGCGACGUCGUCUUCGUGUGCGGCGGCAUCCACGCCGACGACCUGGGCAUGGACCCGGCGGCGUUGACGGGGGACGGCGUCGGCGACGGCGCGGCGGUUCCGUUCCCGCCGGCGGAAGCCAUCGAGCGCGUCGCGCGCGCGCACGACGCGGCGCCGACGUACGCGGUGCCGGUGUUUAAGUGGUGA